UCGAUCCGAUAUGCCGCGUCCGAGAAUGGAAUUUGCGACUAAUAAGUGGCGAGGCACCACGCGAGCAAGAAUGAACAGCCCUGGAGGUUAUGGGCACAGCUCAAUUGGCUCAUUCCUCGGUGCUUCUCGAAGGCCUGGUCAAGGAGGAGUUGCUCAGUGAACUACUAGUUUGAGUUCCCUGAGACGGACACCACUGACAUCACCUACAGUGCCGAGGUACAGGCUUAAUGGCAGAUAUCAAUAGGAGAUGAUGGUACGCGUCACGUCUGUUUGGUUGGACAGCCACCGAGUUGACUUGGAUGUCAGCGGCUGUUGUCAUCAGAACCUGGUUCUUUUGCUGCCACAUCAUUUUUGGUGGUGGCGCUGUCGUCACCUCCCAACGCUUGCUCUCCCCGAGUUCCCAUUCAAGAUGGUGCUGCCACGGACUUUGGCUCGUGGUGGUGCCGUCGCUACUGACAAAGCCUGUGCUCCCCGUCGUCCCUGUUGAAAUGGUGGCUGGAACUUGGAGAGGGUUCGCUGCCACAGCCGGAUCCAGUGUUACAUUCCUGUGGCUUUUUGGUUGUUUCCCAAUUAUGAAGGGAGUUGCAGGCUUAUCAUGGGCGACACAGUGCUUUGCUCGCACCUUCACGGAGUACAGCAAUGUGGGGAAGCAAGUCGAGGACAGCCUCUCUCGAUUUCUGUCCCGGGGGCACUAUGCUCUUUCAGCUCACACCUUACAGACAUGUCAGGAAGCAAGGAAAGGUUAUUUUUUUCACUCAUCGUUUACAUUUGGGUGAUUAACUUAGUCUUGAAAAGAAACACGUCAUUUUAAUGACAUUGUAAUAAAUAAAUUUUGGGUCUUUAAAUUGUCCUUCAAUCUUUGUUUUCUUCCCAUAUUGCAAGCCGGCACUAUGUGUAUCAG